AGAUCCGAUAUCAGUACCGGCGGGUGGCCCAUGGCGUCCAGGGCGGCUUUGCCUCGGACGAGGUCGCGCUCUCCGACACCUUUUUCGCUGUCGACGCCUACGUCCGGACCCACGUCCGCAACCUUAUGGGUACCGUCUCCACCCUCAUCGUCGAGUCGCAAUACUUUGCCAAGGUCACCGCCGAGCUCUGUAACGAGACCGGUACCUACCUCGGUGACUUUAACGACCGUGGACAUGUCCAAGUCCAGUCUGACGGCUACACCCACGUCAUCAUCGCCAUGUUCAACACGCCCGGUCGGUACAUGCUCCGCAUCUUUGCGCCACGGGAGGCACACAUCGGCAAGUCUUCGGCGCGGCUCGGCCGCUACGCCUCGGCCCUCAAGAUCGACUCUCCAAACGGAAAAGACAAUGUGGGUGCCGAUGUCGACGCCGACUAUCCAGACCCUCUUCCGAUCAACCUCCGCCCCGACGACGACGACGACGACCGACGCGGGCCCAUCCGCUACCUCCGCCACUCUUUGGCGAGGUCUGUGCCGCUUACGACACCGGGCAGGGCGACUGCAUGAUGUCAUUUUCGAUGAACUGCGACGCGUUGCCGCCGUCGCGAGUCACCUUCCUGGAGCCGCUGCCUGAACUCGAGGAGCGAUCGGGCGUCGUUCUCCAUCCCCUCUUCAAGGAAGUCUCGCGCUCGGCCUCGACCUAUUUUGCCAUCAAGGUCCCCGGCGCUACCAACGUGGUCAUCGCCCGCGACCAGCCGUACGAGCUCACCGACGGCGUUGAACUUGUCUGCUCGGGCAGCCAAGAGUACGCCAAGGUGGCGCGCACCCGCAAGCUCGACGGCAUCACCAUCCCGGGCUCCAAGUACAUCUUUGAAGGCCACGCCACAUUCACGUCGCCGGGCCCCAUCUAUGUGUGGGCGCGAACCGUGACCAUGAACCACGACGAUGCCACCGGCCAGAUCAUCACCAACGUCUCACCCUUUUUCCCCUGCGUCGAGUUUGAGGUGCUUUCCGGCCGCGCCGGAUGGGACGACCUUGCAGGCGAGUUUGGCGACGAUGCCGUGCUCGACGUCAUGCUCGCCGGAGACGACGGUGGCGUCGCGCUCGAGUCGUUGCCCGAGGGCGCCGAGCCUGCUGUCCGCGAUCCCGAGUUUGACUCUCGCCGUGGCAUGCUCUACGCCCCGCUCGCCCACAGGCUCCCUGUCGGUCGCACUGCAUCCGUCAUUGAGUUCCGGCUCAAGCUCCCCGGCGCUGUCGCAGUGGUGGUCUCCAAGACCAAGCCUGUCGGGCCAAACGAUGGCAUAGUCUUGUUCAAGACCUCGGACGGCGUCUUUGCUGCAAGCCUCGAUCCAAGUGCAAACAACGCGCCGAUCGACACGUCACCCGGCUUGGUCUAUGUCUGGGCGCAGCUAACUGAUACGCCCCGCGUGUCGCCACGGUCGGCCCCGAGCACGCCGAUGUCACCCGCGCCGGCUAGCCUACCGGCAACACCUGCGCCGUCGGUGGCAGAUCCGCCCCUGUCGCGGCAGUCUGCGCGAAUGACCGCAUCGUCCAAUUUUGUCUCGAUCCUCGAUGACGUUGACCUUGAAUGUGAGCCCGAACCGCAGCCCGAGUCCAUCGAAGUCGACGAUGCCGAGUCACGCGCGCUCGACGCCCUGCUUGGCAUCACCCCCGCACACACCGUUGGUCGGCCCGCCUACCCAUCGUCUUCGGGUGCGCUUGAUCCGUCAACCUCGGCCUUUCUCGCCGAGCUCACCGCGCCCAAUCCGUCUGCCAUGUCUGCGACUGCGAGCGCUGCCCCGAGCAAAGGCGCGGAUGCUAGCUCGCCCGGUUCGUCCUCAGACUCGGGGUCGGGCUCCGACUCGGGAUCAAGCACGGCCUCUGACACCGCACCGGAUGCAGCUGGUGUUGGAGCCAAGACAGGCCCACCACCGACCGACCGCGCUUCGGUCUCCAGCUUUCUUUUCCUCACAUCCAAGCCACAGAUUCGCGAGUUUGUGCCGAUCAUCACCUACCUCUUCACCGAGAGCGGGUGACAUGACAUCGAUUGAAAGACAGCAUUCUGGGCACUUUACUUUCCAGCGGUCUUACCAACGCCAGCAGUGGCAUCGGCAGCGGUGACCUUGGCUUUCUUGGCUUUCGCCUUGGUCUUGGCCUUUGCUUUCUUGGCCUUUGCUUUGGCUUUGUCCUUGUCCUUGUCCUUGGCCUUGUCCUUGGCCUUGUCCUUGUCCUUGGCCUUGGCCUUGCCCUUGGCCUUGUCCUUGUUCUUGGCCUUGGCCUUGGCCUUCUUGGCUUUCCCCUUGGUCUUGUCCUUGUCCUUGUCCUUGUUCUUCGACUUGCUCGUCUCGCUCUUGGACGAGAACGGACCACGGUGCGGGCCGGACGGCAAGUCUGCGCCCGAGUUCUUGGCAGCGAGGCGGGCUUUCUUGACGUAGUGGCGGAGGGCGGCGACCCAGUCGUUGCGCUCUUUCUCUGUUGCGGCGUCGAGGUCGAGCGAGUCGCCAUCUGCGGUGAGAACAGAGAACGAGCGGUGCUGCUGCUCGAGCUUGCCCGACUUGGAGAAGGUCUCUGUCACCUGGCCCUUAACAACGUCAAUGAUCUGGGUCAUGUCGAUGGCGCCGCCGGACGACGAGCGAGAGAGCGGCGGCGGGGCCGAGGUGGCGCCAAGCGAGACAAGGUUGUCCGACGAUGAGAUGCGAGUCUUGUACACAAGAGUAAAGACAUUGUCAGCGA